GAGGCUAGCGGAAGGAGGAUAGCAGAGAGGAAGAAGGGUAGCAGAGGGGAGGGAGAGCGAUGGGGCAGUGUUGGAGUUGAUGAUGAAAGCUCCCGGAGCCUCAGUGGCGGAAUUCCCUGUGCAGGGAUCUCCCGCUACGCCGUCAGGACACCUUUCCAAACCCACCAAGAGCUCCGCCAGACAAACACACCUCCCCGAGCUGCAAGCUCAACACAACCCGCUGCUGUUCUGCCAUUGACUCCUCUCUGCACAACCCACCAUGUCGGCAACCACCAAGGUCGCCGUCCAUUCGCUCUCUGACCUCAAGAACACCACCGACGAUGCGCUCCCCAACUACCUCCAUUCCCUCAAGUUCAAGCAGAUCCACACGCAGACUGACGUUCGAUUGGUGCUUGGCUACUCCGCCGUCGCCAUUUCCGGUGCACUCUUCUACUUCGACUGGAAAUUUGGUUGGGAUGCCACGAAGCCAUUUACAGCGCCGGCGGUAGCUGCCUAUUUCAUUCUGAACUCCAUCUUCACUUACUGGAUAUGGUUUGUCGAGGCUGGCUGUGUAUUUGAGGGGGAGGGGAAGACUGGCAAGAUAAGAAUCGCCUCCCGGACCAAGAAGCACAUCCCCAUCUACUACUGCGAUGUCACCUUUACCCCCGCCCCCUAUGCCUCGAACCCGCAACAGAAACUUCGCAUUCGCGCCCCCUUCACCCGCUGGUUCACAUCAGAUGGCUACUUUGUCGCCAAGCCAUUCCAGCAAUGGCUCGCCUCCGAGGUCCCUGUCGUCGGCACCGCAGAUCCAAAAAAUGUCAUCGAGGAGAUUGGCCGGGGGAGCGAGACAGAGAGGGCAGUCAAUGUGUCAGGGAACAACGUCAUUGGUGUUCUGGAGCAGCUGAAGGCAGGAGUGAAGCCCACGGGCGGAACCAGCAAGAGGAGGAAGGCCUAAAGCGCCACUUGCGAGUACGAACAUGCCUUCGCGCUGUCGCUCGCUAGUUCACAGGUCCUGGUGUUCUCGGUUUGCAUGCCGACACGACUUGUUCGGUCUCAUGAGAUAUCGCAGGCGGCUUUAACUUUGGGUCGUGAACAUGGGGUGGGAAAAGUAACUGAAUAAAAGAUAUCCUAUAUUUCUUGUCAAACGAACGAGCGUCUGAACAAACCAUUGCCCAUUCUGGG